AUGCGGCUCCGGGGACGCGGCGGAGGAGCCGCCGCGGGGAGCAACUUGCUGCUGCUGCUACUACUGGCUGCCUUCUGCGGGGCGGCGGGCGGGCAGGGGACGCGGCUGCUCAGCGGUGAGUGCUUCCCGGGCUGGGCUGGGCGAGCGGAUGAUGCAUCAGUCCCGGUCCCGAGUUGGCUGAGGAGAGAGGCAGGCGCUGCAGGCGCGGGGGUCUCGGGCUGGUCCCCUCCUGUUUUGCAGCGGGUGGGGGGGAAGCACCCACACCCGGGAACUGAAAGCAAAUGCAAAAGUUAAGGGGGGACGAUCUGGAGCUGCGUCUCCGCUUUCUGGAAUGGGGAGCGCUUUGGGCAUGGGGUUGGGUACUUAUCCCUCGUUUGGGGGGGGUCAUUAAAUCAUUGGAAUGAGCCCCGGCUGAGAAACCUGCCUAUGGAUGAGGAAAGUGAUGCUAUAACUGGGGGGGUGGGGUGGGACAAGAUUCUGUGUUGGAGAGAGAACAGUGGGUGAAAGAGCAGCUUCAGCGGUGCCCAAGGUGGGGGCUAACCCCCCCCCCUCCUGAUGGCACUUUUAUUAAUGCGCACACAAAAAUGCUACUGCUGCUGCUGCCACGAGAAGCAGGCCGGUUGUGAAGGUGCAGAGCUUUCCCCUCCCAGAAAUGGAGGGUGGUGGUGGGGGGUGGUCCUUCUGCGUGAGAAAAGCGGGACCAACGGCCGGCCAGUUUUCGUAUCUGUUUCUAGAGGCAGGGAGGCAACCAAAGUAUGCAGUCCUGGCUGUGUGGUUUGGCAGUCUCCAUCCCAUCGAAAGCCAGGGGCUAUGCGCUGCCAAAGUUGUUUGCAGGACUGCGCCCAGGAAAAUGUUGAUGGCACCCCAGAGACGACCCAGCUGAUAUGGGUGGCCUCAUCUUCAGCAGCUUACUGCUUUCUCUACAGUGGGUUGUGGGUGGACUAAAUGAGACAGGGGUUUUCUUUCGCGGAAGGAGGGGGGUGGGCGAUGGUAGAGCUUUCUGCAAAAAGUUGUGUGCGAUUCAACACCCAAGUGUAGCGGAGACCCUGUCUGUCUCUGCAGCGGAGAACCUGGGAUCCCUUCCAGGCUCUGCUCUGGACUGCUAAAGCUCCGGACACAGCAGAAGGGGGGGUGCAGAAUGGGGCUGCCCCAACAGGGGAAGGCACUAUGGCAGAUGCUUUGCUGCUUUGGCAUGGUGGGAGGGGGGAAGAGAUGGGUUGCCAGCUUCACAGAUCUCUCUCAACCCGGCACCCUUAAAUCUUAGGGAGACUUAACAUGAGUCAGAUGCCCAGGACCCUAGUUUCAGUUCUGGGGAUCAGUGCUGGAAGAAAUGAUACGAAGCUGCUUUCACUGUAUCAAGCUGGGUAGCUCAGUUGGUUAUACUGUACUAUGAUGGUGAUAAUGCCAAGGUUGCAGGUUCGAUCCCCGUGUGGGACAGCUGCAUAUUCCUACAUUGCAGUGGGCUGGACUACGAUGAUCCUCAGGGUCCUUUCCAGCUCUACAGUUCUAUGAAAAAAGCUGGCCCCGUGGUGUCUAUUUCAGCUGGUGGUCUGCUCCUGAGAAUCUUUGUGAGCUGCAGGGGCUGGUGUUGUAUGCUCUUCUUCAUCUGCGCUCCCGUCCAAAAGCAGUGGUUAAGUUCAGUCAUUUUAAACUCUGGGCAGAAUAGACUUAUGGGGCAUCUCUCUUUAGAUGGCAUUGCUUCGCUUACUUCAAAGGGUGGUUAGCCAGUCUGGCUUCAGCUGGGGCAUUUCCUGAUCAUUCUGCUGAUCUGCCCCAGCAUCCUGCCCUGAUGGUGCCCUUGUGCAAAAUGGAUAUUGUUUAUAUGAUGCUGCCUUCUAGUGAGUCAGGCUAUUGGUCCAUCUAGCCUAUAUUGUUUGCUCCGACUGGUAGCAGGUUUCCACAGUUGCAGGAAGGUGUUGUCCUUGUUUAAAACUGGCCCUGUGAACUGGAGAUGUUGGUGACUGAACCUGGGACCUGCAAACCAUGAAGUCCCAUCAAGGAGAAAUGCUUCUGAGCUCGCUUAGAAUGCUUAUUUAUCACUACUGAGUCACUAUAGCUUUCCCCUCCCCCCCCAAAAAAAAACCCUUACUACUAAAGCUGGCAUAGGAAGCUGCCCUAUGCUGAAUCUGACCAUCCAGUUCAGUAAUUUCUAUACAGUGACUGGCAGUGGCUCUCCAGGGUUUCAGACAGAGGGCUCUGUAAGCCCUGCUGGGAGGUGCCAGGGCUUGAACCAGGGACCUGCAUGCAGAGCAAAUGAGCUAUCGCUUCUUCUACAGCCUAUACUGGGCUUUAAGCUGGAGGUUUAAGAGCUCCAGUGCCAUUCAGAAACCAAGACUUCUUUUGGCAACAACCAUAGUGGUUCCACAGGCAAGGCCAGUUAGAAAUAUUGUGCAGUGGGAUAUAUAUAUAUUAAGAGGAUGCUUAAAAUACUGUUGUGAUGUGGGCAGCCCACUGCACAAUAUUUCUAGCUGGCCUAGAAAUAUAUAUAUAUUUGGUGUGUGUAUGUGUAUACACGCACACACAGUGUGUAUAUAUAUAUAUAUAUAUAUACACGUACAUAUACAGUAUAUGUGUGUGUGUGUGUAUUUCUCCCCACCCCCUUGAGACCCUUUAAAUAAACUCUUUCCCCACUCUAAGUGUGGAGACUGUCUGAAAAUAAAUACUGCCAAAGAAUUUCCAUUUGUUCUGUACUAGUCAGGCCUGCUUUGUCUGGAUUUGCUUGUUCCUUCACCCCCCCCCCCCCAGCUAUAAGUGCUCCUAUCUGUUCUAGGCUGCUGCAGAAUCAUGUAAGCAAUGUAAAACAAAAACAAAAUACACAUCUCAGUCAUACAAUAAAGCAUAAUAAAAUCACUCAAUUACCUGAACAAGUAUUUGUAUUUCAAAAGGUACCUGUUUUUCUUUUUCUUUUAUUAAUGCUACAGGCAUUUCCAACCAUUCUUUUCUUUUGCAUUAAUGAGGGCCAGACACAUAACCAGUUCAUAUUACCAUUGGGGACACACUUUAUGGUUUUGGCAUGUAGAAUCAGUCCCACACGUGCUCCAAUUUAAUGUGUCUUGGAAAACUCAUAAAGCAACUUCUGCUAGGGUGUUGUGUGUGUAAUUGAAGGUGUGCAACUUUGUGCAUGGCAUAUUAUUGUCCCCCACCUCAAUUGACAUGUUAUGAUUUCAUUGUGAAACUAACAUGUUAAUAUACUGCCACGUGAUUGAUGGUUACCACAUGUUUGCUAUUCUAGCGCUAAUUACUUUUCACAUGCAAAACAACUUGCAGGCCUUAGUUAUCCUCAUCAAAAACGUAGAUGACACGACAUUAUUGUUCCCAUUUUACAGAAGAUUGGGGAGAGAGAGUGGGAGCUAUGCAAGGCCUUGGUUACAAUGGGAUUCGAACUCAGGCCUCCCAUCACUGUAUUAAACUAUGCUGCUGUUUUGCAGAACUAUUUCAUAUUAUUUGUCUGAGUCAUUAAUAAGGUGUUUGCUAGUGUGUUUUGCAGCAGAUAUGAAACACCUGACGGACAGACAUGCUUUCCUAAACGUUCAGGGACUUGCUCAAAGAGCUAUGAUUGGCCAUGGAUCUCUGGUGCAUAUCCACUACAGUCAUACCUCGGGUUGAAUUUGCUUCGGGAUGAGCGCGUUCGAGCGCGUUACUUCUGGGUUUCACCGCUUGCGCAUGCGCAGAUGCUCAAAAUGACGUCAUGCGCAGAAGCACCGAAAUGUGACACGUGCAGACGCGCGGACACGGGUUACGUUUGCUUCUAGAUGCGAACUGGGCUCCGGAAUGGAUCCCGUUCACAUCUACAGGUACCACUGUACUUGUUUUGGAGCACCCAUCUGCCCUCCACUCUUGCAGUUUGUGUUGCACUGAACACCAGUGUGAUCUAGCCACUGUGCAAGAUGUAAAGCAGCUCUAAGUAGGGUUUUGAACUUGGGCCUCUGAUUCUACCUCUUUGCACUAAAAAUGCCUAACAUAUUGAUGCGGCAGAGAAAUUGGUUAGAAUCUUAGCUAUAUUUAUUAAGGGCUAAUCAGAUUGAAAUCAACACCUUACUUAAUAACUAAGCACCUUUAGUUUCAUGGACUCAUCUCUAGUAUGCAGGAGAGUGAGAUCACUGGUUGGACAAGUUGACUUGUAGCAGUGCCCGGCCUGCAAUCAACUGCAUUGCAUUCCUUGGCUAAAAAUAACUUCAAAUUUUGCUGAUAAAAUGCAGGCAAUUGCCAGGUUGUUGCAAAAACUUUAGCUACCUCAAAGCAGCCCACUCUUAAGGGCUGGAUAUUCUGCAGUCCUGGUCAUUGCCAAUUUUAUAAGUGAUGUGCUUUUUCUCUUCUUCCCAUUGCCUCACAGCUGCGGAUCUGAUUCUUCAGAGAGGUAAUGUAUUUUGUGUUUCAUCAGAGAUGCAUGUUGGUCAGAUUAUCGAUGGUGACUAGACUGUUUUUGCUGUGCUCAGCAUUUUAACUUGUAUGCCAUCUGCAGUCAAGACAUUGGAAUCCCAUGCAGUCGAAUUACUGUGCUGUAUUAAGGACCUUGGAAUGGAGUGCUGUAAACUUUUGUUUUGUACAUUUAAGGACGAAUAGAAACACAAGGAUCUCUCUCAAAAUGAAACACCACUUUGCAUCAUAGGGGUUUAUAACAUCCUGUCCUGAAAUACAUGUUCCAUGGUUGGCUUCUUAAAACAGAACACUUGACUCUGCACUGGAUAAAUGUGGACAUAAAAUACUAAUUAAAAUGAUUUACUCGGAUGUGGUCGUUGCGUUCCCUAUCUUUUUAUAUAAAAGUCACAUUGUGAAAUUCACGAGGCAGAGAUUGGCUGAUGAUAUAGGUUUAUAGGAAGCAGCUUUAUAAAGAGCCAGACCAUCAGUUCGCCUCGCUCAGUAUUGUCCACAUACAUUGCCAAUGGCACUUCAGGGUUUCAAACAAGAGUCUUUUGCAGUCCUACCUGGAGAUGCUGGGGACUGAACCUUCUACAUGAAUUCUUGUCAGGGCAGUUUUCAGGAGCAGGUCCGCAAUAACUCACACGGUGUCAGUGAAGUUAACUCUCUUUAUUCAAACAAAACAACUCAGGAGGCCAGGCCUAGUGAACAUUGCAACUCUCCCCAAUAGAUCUUGCCCAAGUAAGGCAGUUCCAAACAUCUCCCUAAGUCAUCCCCCAAACGAUAUGAGACUUCGGUGCCUUGUGUGUAUUUGCUCCUCUCACUUCAUACCUCUUCUGGUUCUGGAAGACCAGGGGUGGGGGGAACUGGCCACAGGAGGAAGGAGAGACCCCCUGGCUUCUUCAGCAGCCAGCUUCAUCUCUGCCUCUUGGUCCCCUUCCUCUCCAGCCUCCUCUUCAGCCUCUGAUUCUGGACUGUUCUCUGUCCCAGCCUCUUCCUGCUCACUAAACCCUGUUGCCCCUUCACUAAACCUCCUCCUCCCAGUCGGCUCCCUCUCCUCCCUCUGACCACUCAGCAUCAUCCCACCACCAUUCCCCGGCCUCUGAGGCUUCUUCCCUUGGGGGUUCCCCAGCUGGUGCCUCCCACCACUCAGCAUCCUGCCAGACCAUGACAAUUCUACUAUUGAGCUACAGCCUGUAUGGAAAUUUCAUAACACAAAUUCUGAGAUUGAAUGAGCCUUAAUAUGAACUAGUUUAGUUAAUAUUUUUUGUGAUAAGAAGCUUUCACCUAAUACAGUGGUACCUUGGGUUACAUACGCUUCAGGUUACAGACUCCGCUAAUCCAGAAAUAUUACCUCGGGUUAAGAACUUUGCUUCAGGAUGAGAACAGAAAUCGUGCUCCGGUGGCGUGGCAGCAGCAGGAGGCCCCAUUAGCUAAAGUGGUGCUUCAUGUUAAGAACAGUUUCAGGUUAAGUACGGACCUCCGGAAUGAAUUAAGUACUUAACCUGAGGUACCACUGUACAAAAUUUUAGUUCUUUCUGAGCCCUCAUACCAACAGAAUUAUGGCUGGCACUCAUUUUUGUAUCUGGCCAAAAUAGGACAGCAGUGUGUUCCUCAACUUCAGUCAAUGGAAAUGUGGUUAGACUGGCCAUAAUAUGCAAGUAGGUGUUCUUAAUUCCAGUUCAUGUUAGUUUUAUGAGUGCUAAUGUGAGUUAGUGGAAAGAAAUUCCAUGCAGCACAAAACUCAUCAUGGGAGAAGUAUUGGCUACCUUUUCCUGCUGGUUUGCUAAUGGUUUUUCCCCCCCUUUUUGGUCUUCCUCAGGACAUGCCAUUUGCCGUGGAGGAACCCAACGCCCGUGCUACAAGAUCGUUUACUUACAUAAUGUUGUACGCAGGGUUGGCUUUAAAGAAGCUCUUCAGGCCUGUAGGAGAGAUGGAGGAGACCUAGUCAGUAUAGAAACACAGUCAGAACAGAAACUGAUUGAGAAGAUGAUUGGGAGCUUUUCAGCGUCAGAUGGCGACUUCUGGAUAGGGCUUAGGAGAGAAUCAGAUCCUGACAACAGCACUGAAUGCCCAAACUUGUACUCUUGGUCAGAUGGAAGUUUGUCCACGUUUCGGUAAGUCCACAUGUUCAGUACAGAAGUAUGAGUUCCUUCAUGAAGUUAGCAAGUCAAACAAAAUUAUUAAGUGUUCUGAAUAGAGAUUCCUACCCAUUUAUAUAUAUUUUUUCAAAAAAUUUUUAUUGGUUUUCACAAUAUUAUAAACAAACACAUAAGACAAACAAACAUAAAUCAUAGCCUUAUUGAAAAUUACACUUAUUAACUGUGUUAAGUGACUUCCCCGCUUCCCCUUAGUUGAAUUUCAUUGCAUAUCCUUUUAAUGGUUUCCCAAAUCACAAUUCUUAUAAAAUUUAACUUAAACAUUAACAUCCUUAAAUCUUCACUUUAUGAAAUUAAACAUAUUAAUUCAUCAGAUUCCUACCCAUUUCUAAAUAAGUUCUACCUUUUGAAAAAAGCAUUGGUGUUUCAAUCCAAAGCCCCAGAGAAUUUCUUUAGGCCAUAAUUGUGUUUUGCUUUCCUGGCUUAGGUACACCUGUGUGUCAAGGAUGUCAAGAGCUCAACCUAUUAUUGCAUAACAGGUUUCCUGGUAGGAAUGGUGCUAACCCUUCCAGAGAACCUUCCCACAGCUCACAGUACCAAACUGGGACUUCAGGCCCAUGCUAGGAGUGCAAGCAGCUGCCACACCCUUUACUUUCUGGCAUAGUUGUGGCUUUAUCCUAUGUGACCAACAUCAACCAAUAAAAUUUGUGUACCAGAACAUCAGUGACCAAACGGGGACCCAUCCAGCUUUGUAUCCUGCUGAUAUAACCAAUAACAAGAAUUAUGGCAAGGGAAAAACUUGCACAAGUGUUCUUUCUUUGGACUGUGAAAGGGGCUAAAUCCGUUUGCCUAUCCUCUGUUAGCACUAUGAGUAUCUGGGUUCAGCCAGGGAAGGCUUAUGGCCAAGACAAAUCCCAUGGGCUGUAAUUCAGGGGUAUUAUUUAUGUAUUGCUUCAUAAAAUGUAUAUACCAUUUGAUAAUAAAAGACCUCAAAGUGGCUUACAGAAAGAAUAAAAUAAUAACAUUGUCAGUGAAAAAACAGUUAUUUAAAACAUACAAAUAAUAAUUAACAUCAAUGAUAAGCUUAAAACCUUGCAAACAUUCUACAUAACCAGAUAGGUUUGUCUAAACAAAAAUGUUUUUAACGGAUGCCAAAAAUAAUACAGCAAGGCUGCCUGCCUGAAUGACAAUCAGGUGGAGGGAUAGAGGAUUUGGUUUGCAUGAAGAAGGUCCCUGGUUUUAUCCCUAGCAUCUCCAGGUAGGACUCGGAACACCCCAUUUUAAAAAUCCUUGGAGAGCCACUGCGAAUCACUGUGUAGACAACAUAGAGCUAGAUGAACCAUUGGUCUGGGGAAGGGCAUAGCCCACUGGUAGAACAUCUGCUUUGCUUGCAGAAGGUCCCAGAUUCAAUUCCUGGCAUUUCCAGGUGGAGCUCGGAGCAUCCCCUGCCUGCAAACUUGGGAAGCUGCUGCCAGUCAGUGUAGACAAUACUGAGCAAGAUAGACUAAUAGUCUGACCAAAAGUCAGCUUCCUAUGUUGCCCGCCUAAACAGGAAGCCUCCAUAGCACUUCCUGUUGAGGACAGCCAAUGGCCUGCCUGGGUCAGUGGAGUUCCUCCAGUACCUAGGAUCCAUUUUCUGUUUAGGGAGAUGCUUCAACCUGUAAACGGCCUCCUUCAGUAUACCUGAAGGAGUGUCUCCACCCCCAUCGUUCUGUCCGGACGCUGAGGUCCAGCGCUGAGGGCCUUCUAGCGGUUCCCUCAUUGCGAUGAGCAAAGCUACAGGGAACCAGGCAGAGGGCCUUCUUGGUAGUGGCAUCCGCCCUGUGGAACACCCUCCCAUCAGACGUCAAAGAGAUAAACAACUACAGUGGUACCUCGGGUUACAUACGCUUCAGGUUACAUACGCUUCAGGUUACAGACUCCGCUAACCCAGAAAUAGUGCUUCAGGUUAAGAACUUUGCCUCAGGUUGAGAACAGAAAUCGUGCUCCGGCAGCAGCAGGAGGCCCCAUUAGCUAAAGUGGUGCUUCAGGUUAAGAACAGUUUCAGGUUAAGAACAGACCUCCGGAACGAAUUAAGUACUUAACCCGAGGUACCACUGUACCUGACAUUUAGAAGACAUCUGAUGGCAGCCCUGUUCAGGGAGGUUUUUAAUGUGUGACAUUUUAAUGUACUUUUAAUCUUUGUUGGAAGCUGCUCAGAGUGGCUGGGGGAAACCCAGCCAGAUGGGCAGGGUACAAAUUAUUAUUAUUAUUAUUAUUAUUAUUAAGCUCCCCUGGCUCAUCAUUGGGGGGGGGGGCAGCUGUGCACAGAGCUAUGGAUUCCUGCUUCUAGCCUUGCUGUCCCUGACAUCUGCCCCCUCCACAUUCACGUGAAUAGCUAGAGAGGCAGGUACAAAGUCAAAAGGUGCUGUAAGUGAAUUUGCUUCCUUCCAUGUAUUUCUCUGCUGUGCGAAAUGCCCUUCAUGGGGAGAACUCCUGGCAAGGAGAAACAAUUCGCCUGAUGUUUUUCUUUGAUUCCACAGAAACUGGUACGCAGACGAGCCCUCCUGUGGAAGUGAAGUCUGUGUUGUGAUGUACCACCAGCCCUCAGCACCUGCAGGCGAUGGGGGACCAUAUAUGUUUCAGUGGAAUGAUGACAGCUGCAGCAUGAAAAACAACUUCAUCUGCAAAUAUCCCCAGGGUAACGGAGUCCAUAUCCUGAGAUGUGCAAUUCGGCUCAGGGGCUGGUCAUUUGUGGUGUGGGAGACUUCUAGUAAUGAAGGGUGUGGCGAUCACACAGGGUCCCUGGACGUUUAAUGGUCUAUUGAUCCCUGUGCCACCACUGUGAUCACUUCCCUGCUGCCACCAACCAGUUACUCUCUGGUAAAACACUGGGUCCAGUCAGUUGUUAAAAGUGAACCAAAAGAAAAAGUUUAUUUUACAAACAUUAACAAGUUUAUGGUUUCUCAGAUAAUAUUCCUGUCAGUAUCUUAACUUUAGUUUCUUUACCUGCCUAUACCUUCCUAAUACCUUCUGACGGAUUAUCUCAACUGUUUGACUGACUCCUCUUAACAAAUUCUCUCACUCUCUCACACCAGACUAGCCCAACCCAAAGACUUAUCUUCUCUGUCUCGUCUAACUCCAGACUGUCUUCUCAACCACUCUAACUCUAACUCCUCUUAACAAAUUCUCUCUGUGCUUAAACCUUAUACACAGUUAACUUUGCCCCUUGGGUUCCCAUUAGUUAGUCAUUUUACAAUUACUUAACCCUUUCCCUAUGAACCCAGUAUGAUGUCACACACAUGGGAGGGCAAACGCCACAAAGGGAUACAUGAAUGCCUGGGAAUGUGUCGUGAAACGCCAUGUCUACUUGUGUUAUGGAGUCUUAAGAGUUAACUUGCUUAUUAUGGACUUUAUCUUUUGCGGUUGUGGAAUGAACAUCCUAUGUCCUUUGGCCUUAACUGAAAGAACUGGAACCAAGAAUGUUUAAUAACAUAUAUCUGUAUAUUGUGAUGUCUCUCCAGUUUUGAAAAAAUCCAGCAUCCUUCCAUAUAGUCAGUUUUCUCAGCACUGCAACAGGCAUUAAAAGGGAAAUGCUACUGGGGCAGUCUCUGAACUCAAUGUAUACAGUAUUUGGUUAUUGCUUGAAUGAUUAUUCAAUUUCUAUACUGCUUAAUAUAUUUAAAAAUAUCUCUAAGCAGCAUACCAAAAAAAAGCAACAACAGAAAAGGUUAACAAAAUAUUACUAAAAUUCCAAGUUACAGGUACAUAUAAAAAUGUUACAUUAAUACAGAGUUACUAAUAUAUAUAAAUCAAUAUCAGGGCUUUUCCCCCCUUCUGACACACCCUCCCUCUCAGCCUCAGGGUUCUCACCCAGGGUCCAAACAAACUCUCAGCUCCCCACAAAAGUCUCACAAGAAAACGAGCUCCUGGAAACAGAGGACAUCACCCUAGGCUCUCAUUCUAGACUUGCUUUUUAUGGGCAGGCCCAAAGUGGAUGGCACUUCCUCAGGCUGCCCACAGCUGUGUGCCAUUCAGCUGUACUCUCCACACUCAGUUCCAGGUACAGCAGGUUUGAUGCAUUUCCCAGGAGGUCUAAAGGAAGAGGAAAGGCCACCCUCCACUCACAGCUCUUUCUUCACACUCUGUGCCCCCUUCCUCUUCCACUUGGUUUUUUUUAACAGUUUCCAACUCAGAAGAAGAUAAAGUGGUACCUCGGGUUAAGUACUUAAUUCAUUCCGGAGGUCCGUUCUUAACCUGAAACUGUUCUUAACCUGAAGCACCACUUUAGCUAAUGGGGCCUCCCGCUGCCACCACGCCUCUGGAGCAUGAUUUCUAUUCUCAUCCUGAAGCUAAGUUCUUAACCCGAGGUACUAUUUCUGGGUUAGCGGAGUCUGUAACCUGAAGUGUAUGUAACUCAAGGUACCACUGUACUGUAUUGUGAGGCUUAGUUCUCACAGCUUUGAUGGAAUUUGCAAUGUGCAGUACAAUAAUGUGCCUCUAGCAUUCACUGGCCACAAACUUAAAGAUGUUGCGCAUAGGAACAUCAAGAAACCUUGAAGGGAAUCGUAUGGAACCAUAGCCUUCUCGAGAGCCACCCUUAGAGAGGAUGCAGGUUAAGACUUUUAAGUAUCACCAUUGGGCACCGAAAAAAUCUGAAGACGAUGAAAUGACAAGGGAAACAGAAAAAUGGUUUCAGUGACAAGUUGCAAGCCGUUUCCAAAAAUGGUCUACUUAACUAAACUUCUGGGGCACAAUAUCAAAUGUGCCAAGAACUUCCAUGGAUAAGUCCAAACAUUGGGGGAGUGGGAUUAGAUUUCUCCUGGUGACAAAAUGUAUGUCUGUUUGUUUUUUCCCUUGCAGAAAAGCCAACAGCUGCCUCUGAAAUUAACACCUCUCAAGCAGGUAAAUUUCACAUCAGUAAAAGUUGAGCGCAUGGUAUAGAUUCUGUUCCAAAUAACAGCUACAGUUCCCAGAGUGUUCCCCGGUCAACUUCUAACAACUGCCUGCAACUCCCUUAACAAACUACAGUUCCCAGGAUUCUCUGGGAAUAAGCUAUGACUGCUUAAAUUGGCAUGAUACUGUUUUAAAAGGUACAGUGCAAUGAAGCCAUUCUCCUGUAGAGUUGCAUAGCUGUCAACCCCCUUUUUUGCGGGAAAUUCCCUUAUUCCAGCGCCGUUUCCCGCUGCUUCCUGCUGCUAUCCUGGAUUGUUAGAUAUCCCGUAGACUGUCCCCGGGACCGGUGAGGCUGCUGAUCCCUUAUUUUCAAAUCUGAAAGUUGACAGCUAUGAGAGUUGUAAUAGCCAGAUUCCUUUCCUAGGAGCUGCAACAGAGACCUUUGCACCCACAUCCCCAGAAGAACCCAUUCCUGAAGUUGCAACCAAUAAAACAUUCAAAGAAGCUAAAGGUAGGCACUGUCAUUCAUUACCACAGACUGUAAUGCAACAUUUGAUUUCCUGGAGAACACCACAGCAGAGAUAAUUAAAACAUCCUGAUACUUGUGCUAAUUAUAUCCUCUCUUCCUGCCCCCAUUGCUAAAGUUAAAAGGAAAUAGGAAAAAUUAUGCACAAAGAACCUGGAGUGUAAUAACUGCAUGAAAAAGUAAUGCCUGUUAAUUUUUCCACUGAAAGUUAGAGUAUCUUUCCCCCCUCAACAGAGCCUGUUUGGAGCCUUGCCUACUUCUUAAUCCCCAGCAUUCCUGUUCUGCUUCUCCUCGUGGUCAUCACAGCCAUUUUCAGCUUUUGGCUUUAUGCAAAGAGGCAAGUCACAAUAUGGGGCAAAGCACGAGGCUUUAUGAUACGCUGUCAUAGAGAGCAUCUGAUCAGGACCAAGGGGCAGUGUGAACGAAUGUAGAACAAAACUGGGAGUGGGGUUGUAAUGGAAGAGGAGGGAUGUGAACAGACUGUAAGAACCUCAGUGAAAUUACUAUUACACACAUCUGGAAUGAAAUGUUUUUGGUGGCUUUCAAGCUAUUUUAAAAUGCUUUAAAUAUGUUCAUUUUUAUUCUGUUUCAAAUUGUAUUGUUUUAACGUGUUGAUGUUUGUUGCCCUGGGCUCCUCUGGGAGGAAGGGUGGGAUAUAGAUUUAAUUAAUGAAUAAACAUUAUUUUGAGAAGGGGGCAUGUUAAGUUAACAAAUGUGCACACACAUAAACAUCUGCUGCUAUCACAUUUAGGUGUCCUUCCUGUUGCUAGCUUGUAUGUGCUUCCAGGGUAAAAUUCUACUUUUGGAUAAAGGAAGUUAAUUUCUUGCCUGCAGUUAUUAUUACCUUUCUUUUUCCUGCUACUGCUAAGUUCAGAUUGGAUUGUGCCACUACAUACAACAGUAAACAAAUCUGACCAUACCUGAAGUAUUCUCGUCCUUUAUGUGGCCACAGACCGUGUGUGUGUGUGGUUUUUGUGUGUGUGUGUUUGUUUGUGUACACACAUUUUCUCUGCACUAACAACACUAGAUUAGUUUCUUAGUAAGUGUUUUGUGGUCCAGUGGAAGAUAAAAGGAAGCUAAUACCUUUUUAUUUAUUUCCCUUCUAAGGAGACGGGAGCAAACGGAGAUGAACGCAAAGGAACAGGAUACCUGGCUGUCCCCCAAGAGACCGAACAGCCCCAGUUUGGAGAUAUACAAUGUAAUCAGAAAACAGUCAGAAACAGAUCUCGCUAGGACCAGACCAGACAUUAAGAACUCUUCUUUCCGGGCCCGUCCUGGAGAAGAUACUCCCGAUGACCUCUCUGGGGACUAUGACAAUAUGGCUGUCAACACCUCAGAGAGCGGCUUUGUGACUUUGGCCAGCACUGAAAGUGGAUUUGUCACCAAUGACAUAUACGAACUGUGCAAUGACCGAGUGGGGCGAAGCAAAGAAUCAGCCUGGGUAGAAAAUGAGAUCUAUGGCUAUUAAUGAAGACAGUGCUUUGGAUAUUGAGCUAAGUGGACACUGGAACUAGCUCUGGCACACAGGGACGCGCCCCUUGUAGGCAAAGGAAUGUGAUUUCUGCAUUUGGCAGUGUUUGCGUUUUUACGAUAAAGGUUUUCCUUUUUCUGAAAGUGGAAUGUGAGGGAAUUUAUAUAUGUAGAGUUCUUAUCUUACUCAGCUAAGGGAAAUGGCCUUGUGCAAUCUUGCUUCCAUUCCUUGACAGACAGACAUCAUUCCCUAAUAAUCUACAACUUGACAGUAUUUCUGUCUUGUGACAACAUGCACUUAAAUCAAAACUCCUGUCUUUUGAGCUAAUUGCCUAAGCCCAGAUGGAGCUUGUGAGUUAUUCAGUGAUGGUUUUUCCAUCUCCAAGCUAAAAAUACUACAGGUGUCACAGGUGACCAUCAAUACCUAGUUUUCACCAGCUGCCUAGUAUCCAUCUUUUGUCAUCCUGAAAGCCAUCAGUUUUCCAGCAAGGAGGGGGCUGUUCCUCUAUUGUGCUUUGCUCUUAUCCACCCAGCCUACUUUUGCAACAACCAAUUAGCUUUCUUAUACCCAAGGACUCCCAACACAGGACAUGGACAUCAAAUGACAUCAAAAACCAACAAAGCAAUAUGUUUCGGAUGUUGGAUGUAACACAUUAAGCAAAAAGACUCAUUCUAAGAACUUAAAUAUAAAGAACUUGCAGUAUCUGUGCAGGCAAUGCGUUCACCAUAGGAAUGGCUACAAUCCCUAACCCCUCUUUUUGGAAAGAUUGCUAAAGCAAAAAUUUAUAGACACAUCUGCAUCUGUAGAGCUACGAAGGCACUUAUAUGCUGCUGUACAAUAGACCUCUGUGCCAGGUUUGCUCAUAUGCCUUGCAGGAAAGAUUAAACACUGGUCACUUAAUUUUGGAGGAAAUAGGUGACCAGCUACUGUUACGUUAUUACCUCUUUUAUGCUUUCUGCUGCCGGCAAGGGUGUUGAAGACCAGCACACUGCACUCCUAGAAGUCCUGGUGCAGAUGAGAUUAUUGUGCAAGGUUAGUGAAUGUAAUGGGGAGUAGAAAAAUACCACCAGUCUGAAACACAUAAUAACACAUUCUGUAUAAAUCUGUUAUGGUAGAAGCCAAUGCAUCAGUGCACAUUUGAGAGGCUAGUAGUGACACCUGAAGAUCUGUGGUUGGAUAUCCUAAAGGUUUUGUGUGGGGGUUUUUAGGUAGGGGGAGGGAUUCAGGUCAGGGUGGUGGCACUGGGAGAUGAAGACUUAACCCUACCCCUGCCACUAUUUUCUUAAUCCAAAUUUGCCCACCCCAACAGCUGCUAUUUUCCUCCCAGGAACAAACAUGUUGUUGUUUAGUCGUUUAGUCAUGUCCGACUCUUCGUGACCCCAUGGACCAGAGCACGCCAGGCACUUCUGUCUUCCACUGUCUCCCGCAGUUUGGUCAGACUCAUGUUUGUAGCUUCGAGAACACUGUCCAACCAUCUUGUCCUCUGUCGUCCCCUUCUCCUUGUGCCCUCAAUCUUUCCCAACAUCAGGGUCUUUUCCAGGGAGUCUUCUCUUCUCAUGAGGUGGCCAAAGUAUUGGAGCCUCAGCUUCACCAUCUGUCCUUCCAGUGAGCACUCAGGGCUAAUUUCCUUAAGAAUGGAUGCGUCUGAUCUUUUUGCAGUCCAUGGGACUCUCAAGAGUCUCCUCCAGCACCAUAAUUCAAAAGCAUCAAUUCUUCGACGAUCAGCCUUCUUUAUGGUCCAGCUCUCACUUCCAUACAUCACUACUGGGAAAACCAUGGCUUUAACUAGACGGACCUUUGUUGGCAAGGUGAUGUCUCUGCUUUUAAGAUGCUGUCUAGGUUUGCCAUCGCCUUUCUCCCAAGGAGCAGGCGUCUUUUAAUUUCGUGACUGCUGUCACCAUCUGCAGUGAUCAUGGAGCCCAAGAAAGUAAAAUCUCUCACUGCCUCCAUUUCUUCCCCUUCUAUUUGCCAGGAGGUGAUGGGCCCAGUGGCCAUGAUCUUCUUUUGAUGUUGAGCUUCAGACCAUAUUUUGCGCUCUCCUCUUUCACCCUCAUUAAAAGGUUCUUUAAUUCCUCCUCACUUUCUGCCAUCAAGGUUGUGUCAUCUGCAUAUCUGAGGUUGUUGAUAUUUCUUCCGGCAAUCUUAAUUCCGGCUUGGGAUUCAUCCAGCCCAGCCUUUCGCAUGAUGAAUUCUGCAUAUAAGUUAAAUAAGCAGGGAGACAAUAUACAGCCUUGCCGUACUCCUUUCCCAAUUUUGAACUAAUCAGUUGUUCCAUAUCCAGUUCUAACUGUAGCUUCUUGUCCCACAUAGAGAUUUCUCAGGAGACAGAUGAGGUGAUCAGGCACUCCCAUUUCUUUAAGAACUUGCCAUAGUUUGCUGUGGUCGACACAGUCAAAGGCUUUUGCAUAGUCAAUGAAGCAAAAGUAGAUGUCUUUCUGGAACUCUCUAGCUUUCUCCAUAAUCCAGCGCAUGUUUGCAAUUUGGUCUCUGGUUCCUCUGCCUCUUCUAAAUCCAGCUUGCACUUCUGGGAGUUCUCGGUCCAUAUACUGCUUGAGCCUUCCUUGUAGAAUUUUAAGCAUAACCUUGCUAGCAUGUGAAAUGAGUGCAAUUGUGCGGUAGUUGGAGCAUUCUUUGGCACUGCCCUUCUUUGGGAUUGGGAUGUAGACUGAUCUUCUCCAAUCCUCUGGCCACUGCUGAGUUUUCCAAACUUGCUGGCAUAUUGAGUGUAGCACCUUAACAGCAUCAUCUUUUAAAAUUUUAAGUAGUUCAGCUGGAAUACCAUCACUUCCACUGGCCUUGUUAUUUGCAGUGCUUUCUAAGGCCCAUUUGACUUCACUCUCCAGGAUGUCUGGCUCAAGGUCAGCAACCACACUACCUGGGGUGUACGAGCCAUCCAUAUCUUUCUGAUAUAAUUCCUCUGUGUAUUCUUGCCACCUCUUCUUGAUGUCUUCUGCUUCUGUUAGGUCCUUACCACUUUUGUCCUUUAUUAUGGUAAUCUUUGUACGAAAUGUCCCUUUCAUAUCUCCAAUUUUCUUGAACAGAUCUCUGGUUCUUCCCAUUCUGUUGUUUCCUCUAUUUCUUUGCAUUGCUCGUUUAAGAAGGCCUUCUUGUCUCUCCUUGCUAUUUUUUGGAAAUCUGCAUUCAAUUUCCUGUAUCUUUCACUAUCUCCCUCGCAUUUUGCUUGCCUUCUCUCCUCCGCUAUUUGUAAGGCCUCGUUGGACAGCCACUUUGCUUUCUUGCUUUUCCUUUUCAUUGGGAUGGUUUUCGUUGCUGCCUCCUGUAUAAUGUUGCGAGCCUCCAUCCAUAGUUCUUCAGGCACUCUGUCCACCAAAUCUAAAUCCUUAAACCUGUUCCUCACUUCCACUGUGUAUUCAUAAGGGAUUUGACUUAGAUUGUAUCUUACCGGCCCAGUGGUUUUUCCUACUUUCUUCAGUUUAAGCUUGAAUUUUGCUAUAAGAAUCAUAGAAUCAUAGAGUUGGAAGAGACCACAAGGGCCAUCGAGUCCAACCCCCUGCCAAGCAGGAAACACCAUCAGAGCACUCCUGACAUAUGGUUGUCAAGCUGAUGAUCUGAGCCACAGUCCGCUCCAGGUCUUGUUUUUGCUGACUGUAUAGAGCUUCUCCAUCUUUGGCUGCAGAGAAUAUAAUCAAUCUGAUUUCGAUGCUGCCCAUCUGGUGAUGUCCAUGUGUAGAGUCGUCUCUUGUGUUGUUGGAAAAGAGUGUUUGUGAUGACCAGCUUGUUCUCUUGGCAGAACUCUAUUAGCCUUUGCCCUGCUUCGUUUUGAACUCCAAGGCCAAACUUGCCAGUUGUUCCUUUUAUCUUUUGACUCCCUACUUUAGCAUUCCAAUCCCCUAUAAUGAGAAGAACAUCCUUCUUUGGUGUCAAUUCUAUAAGGUGUUGUAAGUCUUCAUAGAAUUGGUCAAUUUCAGUUUCUUCAGCACCAGUGGUUGGUGCAUAAACUUGGAUUACUGUGAUGUUAAAAGGUCUGCCUUGGAUUCGUAUCGAGAUCAUUCUAUCAUUUUUGAGAUUGCAUCCCAAUACAGCUUUUGUCACUCUUUUGUUGACUAUGAGGGCCACUCCAUUUCUUUUAUGGGAUUCUUGCCCACAGUAGUAGAUAUGAUGGUCAUCCAAACUGAAUUCGCCCAUUCCCGUCCAUUUUAGUUCACUGAUGCCCAGGAUGUCAAUAUUUAUUCUUGCCAUCUCAUUUUUGACCACAUCCAACUUACCAAGGUUCAUGGUUCUUACAUUCCAGGUUCCUAUGCAAUAUUUUUCUUUACAGCAUUGGACUUUCCUUUCGCUUCCAGGCAUAUCCGCAACUGAGCGUCCUUUCGGCUUUGGCCCAGCCGCUUCAUCAGCUCUGAAUCUACUUGUACUUGUCCUCCGCUCUUCCUCAGUAGCAUGUUGGACGCCUUCCGACCUGAGGGGCUCAUCUUCCAGCGUCAUAACUUUUAUAUGCCUUUUGUCUUUGUCCAUGGAGUUUUCUUGGCAGGGAUACUGGAGUGGCUUGCCAGUUCCUGCUCCAGGUGGAUCACGUUUGGUCAAAACUCUCCACUAUGACCUGUCCAUCUUGGGUGGCCCUGCACGGCAUAGCUCAUAGCUUCUCCGAGUUAUUCAAGCCCCUUCGCCAUGGCAAGGCAGUGAUCCAUGAAGGGGAGGAACAAACAUACUUGUAUCCAUUUCAGACUAAUAUGAUGCUGAUCAUGUGGAAUGUCCCCUGCCCAACAUUAGGGGUUUUGUUGUUGUUGUUCAUACUGCUGCAAAUCUCCCCCAAACUUUGUGCUUGGAUUAUGCCAUUUGGCUACAUCAGUGCAGACUCUUCCGCCUGAAGACUUGAAAUAGGACUUAAGGAAAAAUGUGAUAAUGCCUCUGAACAUUAAUUCCAUAUAGCCAACUUCAGUAAUGGGCAUUUUUAGACCUGUUUGAUGAAUUUGAUUAAACCCAUUUUAAGGCCCUUUUAAAAAAAAGUCUAACUCAGUGGACAUCACUAGAUAUUAUGGCAGCAAAUCUAGUGAAGUUAGCAAUUAUGUAUUAAGCAAAGCAGCACGUUCUCUUUUCAGUCCUGAACUGACAGCUAAUCAGUUUAAUAAUUAGAUGACCCUGAGUUCUAGUAUAAUGGAAGAGACAGAAGAACUGCUGUGCCCACUUUCUCUGCUACAUGGGUGAUUAAUGUCAUGUACGGUUUGAGCCUGAUAGCAUUAACUCUUAUAUUCUACCCAGCCUUGUGAAUGUCCACAAAAAAUACCAAAGCACACAAAAAAUUACUAGCUCACCUAUCCAUGCGUGCAACAUAAUUUGGCCAAGAAACAUUUUUGAUCCCAUUCAUAUCCAUGGGAGGAUGCUUAUCCCAUUUAUAUACUUUUGCAUAGAAAUCAGUAGACAGGUGUGUGGCUAUUUACAAGUCUGGUUUAUCUGUUACGUAUUUAUAAAUUUGUUGAAUGCACAAUUGCAAUGUAAGCGUGACAUGAACUUGACAAGAACUUCCAAAUGCAAUUUUUGUGUGUGCAGAAUGUAAUUUCCUGAGCAGGGAAGAUGGAAAGUAAGUCUCUGCAUGUCUUUAGCCUCUUUUUCUUAUUACUAUUUCUUGUUCCUUUUGUGUUUUACAGUACAAUUUUGAAAAUAUUUUUAAGUCUAGCAACAGGACACACACAAGUGAUGGAAAUAACUGA